AUGGUAUCCUUCUUCCUUCAGCGAGCCUACAGUGUGCUGGUUGAUGUUAGCCAUGCACCUGCGGACUCGAGCAGCCCUGCUGAAACAAUGGAGCAAUUCCGCAGUGCUGUCGGCAGGGCUUUUGCGUCAGUGUCAUCCUGCAAAAUGUUCAAAGGCCUGAGACGUUGCCUCAAACGUGGAAGGAAUAAAGUCCAUUGUUUGAGCAGCACAGCAGCAGCAGAACCUUCUGUGGCUCGCCCUGUGCCUCCAGAGGCUGAAGGGGAGGCAAAGGACAACAAUCCUGCGCGUGUUGUCUGUCCAGGGCCUGAGCAUCCUGAGCCAGCCCCAAGACCAGAGCUUCUUGCCAGUCAGGGCUCCUCGGCCCUGGCAGGAAAGGCAGAGCGGCAGAAGAGGAUGGAGAGAGCACCAAGAGCCCUGGAGUUCAGAUGGAAGGAGUUGGCUGCAUUUGAGGGAAAGCGCCACUCCUCACCAGACAGGGCGUUUGAAGCGGCACCUGAGACAGCAGAGGAAUCACAGCCGCAGAGAGAGCUGCGGAAGGAGGAAGUUCCUCUGGCAGUGACAAAGGUUUGCCGCUUGCAGCGGCCAGCACACAGGACUCUGGAGAAGCUGCUCCAGGAGUUCUCUCGCCAAGGGCACACACUGUCCCAGGUGUGCAAAGAGAAGGCAGUGCUGGCACAAGAGAACGCUGCCCUACAAGCCCGACUGGCAGCCACCGAGCGGGACCUACGAGGCCUUUUGGAGCAGCUGGCAGAGGCCAGGACAGAGAAGGAGAGCUUGCAGUGCAGCCUGUUGGCAGCUCAGCAGCAGGUGUCAGAGCUGGAGAUCACCAGGAGCCGUCUGGAAGGCCAAGUACGCACAGCCAUGCAGGCCAAGGAGCUGAUACUUGAGGAUGUCAGGGGCCUUCGUUGUGAGCUGCAAGCUGUAAGAUCUUUCAGCAAGCAGCAAUGUGAACAAAUGGCUCAACAGCUCCGCUUGGCAGAAGAGCAGUUCAGCAAGGCUCUGAGAGUCUGGCAGUCUGCUCAGGAGGAGGAGAAAAGGAAGCUCCUGCAAAAACAGGAAAGACGGCUGAAACAACAGCGUUUGGAGGCGCUGGAGCAACGGGAACGCUUCCUGGCAGAGAUGGACGUGGGCUCUGCCAUUGAAGAUGCAUCUGCGGCAGCAUCCUCCGAAGAAGCCUCCUCUCCACAGCCUGAAGAGCUGAGCGUGAGCAGUUCCCCCUGUUCAGGCCAGGAGGCAGAGCAGCUGUGCCAGGAUGGAGAGAAACAGGGCUUGGAGCAGCUGAGGAGUGUUGUGAGCGUGGCAGAUCCAAAAAAGAAAUACACUGGAUGGAAAUUUAUUGGCAGUGGGGGAUUUGGAACCGUUUAUAAGGCCUUUGACGCUGCCACAGGACAAGCGGUGGCCAUAAAGAAACUCGAUCUCCAGCACCAGGGCUGCAAGCAAGUGAUGAAAGAAAUCCUGGUCAUGAGGGAAAUGAAGAACCCCAACAUUGUCACCUACCUCGAAAGCUACCUUGCCAAUGAGGCUGUGUGGCUGGUGUUGGAGUACAUGGAUGGAGGCUCCUUAGCUGGUGUGCUCCGGAUGAAAACAAUGGCUGUAGGACACAUAGCAACUGUCUGUCGGGAGUGCCUGAGAGGCCUGGAUUUCCUUCAUGCCAACAACAUCAUCCACAGAGACAUCAAAAGUGGAAACAUCCUUCUGGGCCUGGAUGGCUCUGUCAAGUUGGCUGAUUUUGGCAUUUGUGUUCAGUUCAUCCCUGAGAAAAGAAAACCAAGGGCGAGGGCCGGGACCGCUCGCUGGAUGGCACCCGAAGUUCUGAGGGGAGUGCCAUACGGCCCCAAAGUGGACAUCUGGUCCCUUGGCAUCGUGGGAAUAGAAAUGGCCAAAGGAGAGGCUCCGUAUAUUCGGGAGAACCGUGCCAGGGCUACCUAUCUGAUACGCACCCAAGGAAUACCAGACCUGGAAAAGCUCAACCUACACCCAGGCUUGUGUGAAUUUCUGGGCUGCUGCCUGCAGAUGGAUGUGGACAGGCGAGGCUCUGCCAAGGAACUUCUGAAGCAUCCAUUUCUCAAAUUAGCCAAGCCUCUCUUCGGCCUCUUCUGA